AUGGCUGGAGGAUGUGGAGAAUACAAUUCAAGAAAAGGAGACGUAUUUACUGAAGAAAGAGUAUCAAAUGCCUGGUGCUUCAAUGGGUGCUGUCCAAAUUUGAAGUCGCGUUAUUACUUGGGUAGAAAAGCUAAGAGGAUGUCUCUGGAUAUCGAUGAUUUCCUUCAACCUGGGAAACUCCCAACUGUAUCCCUUCCUGCUCUUCCUCCAGGGCAUGUAUCUGUAUCCAUACGACACUCUGAGGCUUCAACUCAAGCAGCGAGUACGAUCCACGAAGCUGGCACCUCCUAUGUCACGCCAAAAUCUGCUUCUGUAAGCACUGCAGCUGGCACCUCCUCUGUCACGCCAAAAUCUGAUUCUGCUUACACUGCAGCUGGCACCUCCUCGGAAGCGCCAAAAUCUGCUUCUGCGUACACUGCUUUUGAGUCACGAUUUUCACUUAUCGAACGUGUCAUGAAUGCUUUGAAGGAUGAUCGGACCAAUCCCAUUGUUAUAUGUGGGAUGGGCGGAAUUGGCAAGACGACCUUGCUGAAAGAAUUUUGUAAGAGGGCAAAAGGUGAAGGUAUUUUUAACGAGGUUGCGAUGGCAGAUGUUGGACGAAAUCCUGAAUUCAAGAAGAUUCAAGGUGAUAUUGCUGAAUUUCUGGGUUUGACACUGUCUGGGGAUAAUUUGUCUGCAAGAGCAUGUAAGUUAUCUGAAAGACUAGAUUGUGGCAAGAGGAUCCUUGUGAUAUUGGAUGAUGUUUGGGAAACAAUUGAUUUCGAGGAAGUGGGAAUUCCACCGUCCAGGAAUUGUAAAAUUUUGAUAUCAUUCAGGAAUCAAGACAUAUACAAGGAGAUUGAAACCAAAAUGAACUUCUUUGUUGGGCUUUUGCAACCGCAUGAAGCUUGGAGUCUAUUUAAGGAGAUGGCAGGAAGUUCCAUUGAAUCACCUGAGUUGCGUACUAUAGCAGAGCAAAUUCUAAGUGAAUGUGACCGUUUGCCACUAGCAAUCUCAGCAGUCGGAAGUGCACUGAAGGGAAGAGGUAAACAAGCUUGGAGCGAUGCGCUUAGACGACUAAGAAGAAACAGCCCACAAAGCGUUCCAGAAGUGUUGUCAAAGGUUUAUCCAAUACUGGAGUUUAGUUAUGACUGUUUGGGAACAAAAGAUGCCAAAUCACUUUUUUUGUUUUGCUGUCUGUAUCCAGAAGGGAGUGACAUAAGGGUAGAAGAUUUGGUUAGACAUGGAGUUGGGCUUCAACUAUAUGAAGGGAUUACAUCAAUGGAAGAAGGAAGGGAUCACGUUGGAGCGUUGAUUGAGGAGCUAAAGAACCGCUCUUUGUUGUUAGAUAGCAACAAAAAAGAAUGUGUCAAAAUGCAUGAUGUGCUACGUGAAGUUGCCUUACAUAUAGCUUUUCUUCGUUUCCAGCAAAAUGAUUCUUCUCGAAAUGAAAAUCGGUUUUUUGUAAGACAUGGAGUGAAACUAGAUGGAUGGCGCAGCGUGGAAGGAACUGAUGCACAACAAUACACUUGCAGUGCGCUGAUAACCAAGGAAACACAUGGAGAUGUUGCUGAGCUCUUAUUGUUAUCAUGCAGGGAUGAUUCAAUUGUACCACUAGAAGCUGCUCUAAAAGGAAUGGAAAAGCUCAAGGUUUUUGAGAUUAAGAACGCAAAUUUGUUGUCAACACUACCAGCGCUUAAGGUUUUGGAAAGUCUUCAAACACUGUGUCUGGAGCAUUGCGUGUUGGGUGAUGUAUCAAUUAUUGGAGAGCUUCGAACGCUAAUGAUACUCAGCUUACGUGGCUCUUCCAUCAACCAGUUACCAGUUAGCUUCAGAAAUUUGGCCAAUCUGUGA